GGAGCAGCCAGGAAGGACUGGAGGUUCUGCCGCUCGCUUGAUUAAGGGGGUCAGCCGUGUGCAUGUGUCAUCGAGGUGGGCAGGGAAGGGGAGGGCUGUGCGUGUGGGGGGAGGAUAUAUAUGCCCGUGUGGCUGACACAGCGGAGCCUCACAGCCGGAGGAGCCCGGUUACUGACAGCUCGCAGCAUCCAGCUUCCGGCUCCUGCACCAUGAAAAUCCUGUUUUGUGACCUCUUGCUGCUCAGCCUCUUCUCCAGCGUGUCCAGCAGCUGUCAGAAGGACUGUCUGGUCUGCAGAGAGAAGCUCCGUCCCACUCUUGACAGCUUCAACCUCGAGGUGUGCAUCCUCGAGUGUGAAGGGAAGGUCUUCACCAGCCCGCUCUGGACUCCAUGCACCAAGGUCAUGGCCAGGGGCUCCUGGCAGCUCAGCCCUGCUGACCCAGACCACGUGGCGGCUGCUCCGGACCAGCCCAGAGCCUCUGAGAUGCAGCAUCUGAAACGAAUGCCCCGGGUCAGGAGCCUCUUCCAAAGGCAGAAGAGGACAGAGCCCGGCCUGGAGGAGGUGGGGGAGAUGGAGCAGAAGCAGCUGCAGAAGCGGUUCGGGGGCUUCACCGGGGCCCGGAAGUCGGCCCGGAAGUUGGCUAACCAGAAGCGGUUCAGUGAGUUUAUGCGGCAGUACCUGGUCCUGAGCAUGCAGUCCAGCCAGCGCCGGCGCACCCUGCACCAGAAUGGUAAUGCGUAGCUGGAAGGGGAGCCCCUCCCGGCUGCACCGUCCACUUCAACCCAUGAGUGUCCGGGCGAUCCCCAAAGCAGCAUGUCUCCAGCCCCAGACCUGCCGGCUGGGCAUCAGGGCGCCUCCCUCCCCAAGGCACUGAGGCGAGCUUUCCGCUCCAGGCCGCCGCCCCGGGGCCCUGCGCCAUCUGGUUGUCUUUCCCUCCCCGACUCCUCCUGGCCCCUCCCCACCCAUGGCAUGUUUCAUGACAACCCUGUGGCUACAUCAGAGUGUAUUUUUGUAACUCCUCCAGCUAACAUUUAAACGGCCCCAUCUCUCCUUCUCACCCACCUCUUCCCUCUUUGAGGUGGUGGGUUCAAGGAACAGGAAAUCAAGCCUGGGGUUUUGACUCGUCACUGCCGUAACUUGUUUGUAAAAGAGCUGUUCUUUUUGACCGAUUGUUUUAAACAGAUAUUUCUCCAUUAAACUUCUACUGAGCAAAUGGU